AUGUCGGUGGGCCGGAUCAGGAUACCAUAUGUGCUUAAAACACCAUGCGAUGAUGCCGUUGGGCUGUUAGGGUCCCGAUGUGUAGGGAUGCCGUGUAUGCACACUCGAAGUUCUCAAGGAAAGGACCUUGUUUACAAUCCAGAGAUUGAACGCACUGCUCGUCUACACCGUAAAGAAGCAGCCCAACGCCGAAUUACGGAAUUCACAUCCUCUCAGUCACUACCACUAUUGCCACGAUCUAGUUCGGACGAAGAGGAAGAGCAGCAUAUUUUUGAGGAUAACGCAAUGGCUGAAGAGGAGAAACCACUCAAGGCUUUUUUUGUCCCUACAAAUCUAGCUCAGCCGUCAUGCAUUGCCUUUACUCCCACUACGGCAUCUACAUAUAGCAUAUCUCCUCAAUUGAUCAAUUCUGUACCACACUUUUAUGGAAAGUCGAUGGAGGAUCCGAACAUGCACCUUCGGGAAUUCUAUGAUCUGUGUAGGACACAGAACAUCCAACACCUAAAUGCCGAGGGACUCAGGUUAAUUCUUUUUCCCUUUUCUCUAAAGGAUGAUGCUAAGUGGUGGUUAAAUUCCUUGCCAGCAGGAUCUAUUACCACAUGGGAUCAGCUGGCUACCAAGUUCAUCACAAAGUAUUUCCCUGCUCAGAAAACAAGGCAAUUGAGAAAGGAGAUAAAUGCCUUCCAGCAGAAAGAUGGAGAUUCUUUUCAUGAAGCAUGGGUGCAUUUCAAUGAGUUGCUUCGCAAGUGUCCUCAUCAUGGUUUUUCCAAAGAUGACCAAGCUCAAUCCUUUUAUGAAGGCUUGAACGAUGCCAACAAAGUCUUAGUGGACUCAGCAUGUGGGGGAGCUUUCAUGAAUAAAACAAGUAAUGAGGCUUUUCAAAUAUUUGAGACUUUAAGUGAAAAUUCUCAGCAAUUCUCUACUGGAGGAAGGCAAGGAUCAAGGAGUAGGAGUGUUUAUGAAGUAAAUGUUCGAGAUGGAUCUUCCUCACAAAUAACAGCUAUUGAAAAUAAAUUAGACAUGCUAAUGAAGACCAUACUCCCAAUAAGACAAGCUACUCAAAGUGAGGUAUGUGCUAAAUGUUUCAAUAUUGAUCAUACAACUGAAACUUGUCACAUGUAUUCUACAGAGCUGGAGCAAGCUAACUAUGCGGCACAAAGGUCAAGGUAUAACCCUUACUCCAAUACUUAUAAUCCGGGUUGGCAUGACCAUCCAAACUUAAGAUGGAGUAACAAUGACAAUGUCCAACAAGCAAUUACUGCACCUCAAGGCUCGAGCCAAGGACAGAUAGCUCGAGCUAUGAAUCCUCCAGCACCUUUGCAACGUGCACCUGGUAAGUCACUUGAAGAUUUGGUUAUGACUAUGGUUGAUAGCACUAAUUCCUUUAUACAGAAAGCAGAUAGUCGUUUCCAAAAGCAAGAUAAGGCUAUAGAGAACCUUGAGAGACAAAUGAGUCAAGUUGUGACUGUUCUUUCUCAAAGGGAACCGGGUAAACUCCCUAGCCAAACCGAAAUUAAUCCUAAAGGAGUAAACCCUAAACAAGCAGCAGCUGUGACUUUGAGGAGUGGAAAGCACAUUCUGGACAAGCCAAUGUUGAAUAACAAAGGAAAGAAUGAUGUGGUAGAGGAGGAGGACAAAAGGGACACAAUUCUUGGGCAAAAGGAGAUGGAAAAAAAUAUUGAGGAGAAGCAAAUAACCGACCAUCAGGUAACCAAUGCUUCAAAUUCGUAUACUGUGCCCAUUCCUUUCCCUCGCAGGUUCAUGAAAACCAAGAAGGAGCAACACGAUAAAGAUAUCUUGGAUACCUUUCGUAAGGUCCAAGUAAACAUCCCUCUCUUGGAUGCUAUAAAACAGAUUCCCAAGUAUGCGAAAUUUCUUAAGGAGCUUUGCACUAACAAGAGGAGAUUUGAAGAACAUGAAACAGUAGCUCUGAGUGAGGAGGUGUCAGCUGUGCUCCAACGUAAACUACCUCUCAAAUUGAAAGACCAUGGAAGCUUUACCAUACCGUGUACCAUCGGUGAAAAAAGGUUUGAAAAAGCCUUACUUGAUUUAGGUGCUUCUAUAAAUUUAAUGCCUUUUUCUGUUUAUGAAGCACUUGAUCUAGGUGAGCUCCAAGAGACUAGUGUGGCUAUUCAACUUGCGGAUAGAUCACUUAGACGACCAAGAGGUUUGUUGGAAGAUGUUUUGGUACGUGUGAAUGAAUUGAUCUUUCCGGCCGACUUCUUUGUGUUGGAGAUGGAAGAAGCUGUUAUGCCGGUCUCCUUACCCCUCAUACUUGGCCGGCCCUUCAUGAGAACUGCGCGUACCAAGAUUGAUGUCUAUGAAGGAACCUUGUCCAUGGAAAUUCAAGGAGAAAAAAUUGGCUUUAGAAUUUUCGAAGCAAUGAGGUAUCCUUGUGAUGAUCAAUCUUGUUUUUCCAUUGAUACUUUUGAUUAUUUGGUGUAG